AUGCCUCGAGGAGGUCAUAAGGGAGGUUUAUUUCCAGUAAGUGGAGUAAAAUGGGGAAUGCAUGAACGAGUUAAAAAGAGAGGAUUAUAUCACAAUAGAAGAGAAGAUAUUUUCACACCUCGAUGGGGAUAUAGAUAUGAAAAUAGGAACAUGAAAUAUUUGCCUGAUGGAAGUUCAAAGUCAUUUGAUAUUGAUGUUUCUAGAGCAUGGCCUAAUGAGAAACCUCGUUGGAAUUAUUUUUAUAAUAUUAAUGAAAGCAGAUAUAUAUGGCCAAGUAUAUGUGCACAAAAUCCUGAUAUAAAAAAUUAUAUUUUAAAUGUUUUAGAGAGCAGUGAAAAUAGACAUUUUAGUGGUAUUGGUUUGGAAGAAGUACAAAACGAACAAGGCAAAAGGCGAAGAAAUGAUUACAUUAUGAAUAGUAUGAAUGACGUAAACGAUAUGAACAUUGCGAAUAGUGCGAGUAGUGCGAACAGUAGAUAUAAGAACUGUUAUUUGACCAGACUAGCCAACGAAUUUAAUAAUUCUAUAUAUCCACAAAUUGAAGUUAACUUAAGUAAUAAAUUGAAAAGAGGAAGAAUUCAAAAAUUAUAUGAUAUAGUGAAGGAAGAAAAUAUAUGGAAAACAACACAACAAAUAAAAACUACACAAAGUGAAAACAUUUUUCCCUAUGUUGAUGACAACUCUACCUUAAUUCGUGAAUUGCCUUUAUCCGAAAUUUUAUAUACAAAGAGCAAUUUACGUCUAAAUGUCAGAAGACAUCCUAAGUGGAUGAAUGUGCAGUUUUUAAAAAAAAAAGUAAAAAUACCGUACUUGUACAGGAGACGAGUAGCCAGAGAAGAGUUACAGAAAAAGGAGUUUGGCUCAUUCUUUUAA